GACCCUCUUCCUCCAGCAGGUCUAGGAGGCCGAGAGUGAUGAAAUCCCACCAGUAACUGCACUGUGCUCAGCAGGAACCUGCGAUAAGGUGUCUGACAGUUAAAGGGGCAGUCUUUGAGGUUGAGAACUGGGAGCCCACAGGAAGUGACUUGGUGCCAAGCUGGUGUAGCUUUGUCCGGCACCCGUUCUGACAGAGAAGUUGCAGCUGGCACUGCUGGGGAUGUCCACAGAGUGUAUCAGGCCUCCCACAGGAGGCCCACAGAGCCAGAACCUGAGCCCAGGUGGGAAGUAUGGGGCCUUGGCUUCAGGAGCAUGCUUGCCUCCCUCCAUAACUGCCUCCUGGAGCCUGCCCCGCUGGAGAGCGCACUUGGCUGCGGCUGUCCUCUGUUAUGUCAACCUUCUGAACUACAUGAACUGGUUCAUCAUCCCAGGAGUGUUACUGGAUGUCCAGAAGUAUUUUCACAUCAGUGACAGCCAUGCUGGUUUGCUGCAGACAGUCUUCAUCAGCUGCCUGCUGGUGUCUGCACCUGUGUUUGGCUACCUGGGUGACCGAUACAGUCGCAAGGCUAUCCUGAGCUCGGGAAUCCUGCUGUGGUCGGGGGCUGGCCUCUCCAGCUCCUUCAUCUCCUACCAGGUCCCUUUUAGGCCCCAUGGCCCCUCAUUCCAUGGGAAAUCUCUGGAUCUUACCAUGGUCUUGUGCUGGCUUAUCCAGUAUUCCUGGCUCUUCUUCCUGUCCCGGGGGAUUGUGGGUAUCGGUGCAGCCAGCUAUUCCACCAUUGCACCCACUGUCCUGGGUGACCUCUUCGUGAAGGACCAGCGGACCUGUGCACUGGCUGUCUUUUACAUCUUCAUCCCUGUUGGAAGUGGUCUGGGCUAUGUGCUGGGAUCAACGGUGGCAGAGCUGACAGGGAACUGGCGUUGGGCCCUCCGAAUCAUGCCCUGCUUGGAUGCCGUGGCCUUGGCUCUGCUCAUCUUGCUGGUUCCAGACAUACCCCGAGGAGCAGCUGAGAAACAGGGAGAAGCGGCUGUGAGGGCUCCAAGGAGCAGCUGGUGUGAGGAUGUCAGAUAUUUGGGGAGAAACUGGAGUUUUGUGUUUUCAACCCUUGGAGUGACAGCCAUAGCCUUUGUGACCGGAGCUCUGGGCUUCUGGGCACCCAAGUUUCUGUUUGAAGCUCGAGUGGUCCAUGGCCUGCAGCUUCCCUGCUUCCAGGGGCAGUGCCACAGCCAGGACAGCCUGAUUUUUGGGGCACUGACCGUGGCAACUGGUAUUAUCGGUGUCAUGCUGGGGGCAGAGGCCUCAAGAAGGUACAAGAAGGUGAACCCCAGGGCCGAGCCCCUCAUCUGUGCUUCUAGUCUGUUCGCUACAGCUCCCUGCCUCUAUCUGGCUCUCAUCUUGGCCUCACGGACCCUCCUGGCCUCCUAUGUGUUCCUGGCCCUCGGGGAGCUCCUUCUGUCUUGCAACUGGGCAGUAGUUGCUGAUAUCCUGUUGUCGGUGGUGGUGCCCAGGUGCCGGGGCACGGCAGAGGCGCUUCAGAUCACAGUGGCCCAUGUCCUGGGAGACGCUGGCAGCCCCUACCUCACUGGACUUAUCUCCAGUGUCCUGCAGGCUCAGCGCCCCAACUCCUACCUGCAACACUUUCUCAGCCUGCAGCACAGCUUCCUGUGUUGUGCCUUCGCCAUCGUGCUGGGUGGUGGCUGCUUCCUGCUGACUGCACUGCACCUGGAAAGAGACCAGGCCCAGGCCAGGCAAUCUGGCAAAGGAACUCUGGACGACAAGGACGUAGCCAGCAGGAUCACGGAGAGCCAAGGGCUGCUAUCUGGCACCAGCUCCCCAACAGAGUAGCCCCGAGCCCCUGUCUUGCAGUGAGCAGGCUCCAUCCUACCUACAUCCUCCUGGGGGCCCCACCCCUCUUGGCUGUGACUCAAGGACCCCAGCUAAGCCACGCUUGCCACUGUUUCAGUCCCUGCUAGAGAGCUGCCAGGGCCCAGGAGUUGGCUGGAUUGAGCUGUCACCGUCCUCCAGGGAGGCUGGGCCCUUAUUAAAGCACGACCAGUGCAAAGCCCUCAGAUUUCAGGGUUUCUUA